AUGCGGAUUAACCGGCAGACGGCCGUCAGCCGGUGCCGGCUAUCAACUCUGACGGUGCGAGCCGCGUCUGACGGUCAAGCGGCAGCGGAGACGGCUGAACCACAGUCGGCGUCGUUCGAUGCGUCGCUCGUGAGCAAGAACAGCGUCGUGGUGCCUGACUCGGAGCUGAGCAUCACCAAGACGUCGUUCGGCACCAUCGGCCUGACGGUGGGGCUGCUGCUGCUGUCGUACGGCUUUGGCGCCUACUUCCAGUUCCUGCCGGGCUCCGAGUCCUCCGCCCUCAUGCUCACCUACGGCUUCCCCACUGCGCUCAUCGGAUUCGCUCUCAAGUAUGCGGAGCUCAAGCCAGUGCCAUGCACAUCGUAUGCCGACGCUGUUGCUCUGAGGGAGGCACAGGCCACGCCCAUCCUGCAGCAGGUGCGCAGUGACGUCACGCGGUUCCGCUAUGGAGACGAGCAGCAUCUGGAGGAGGCCCUGAAGAGAAUAUUCCGCUACAACCUGUCGGGAGGCAUUCAGCGCAGAAACGCACCCACACUUACCUCCAUCAGCGAGCAGGUGUACAACGGACGGUACUCCCUGGUGCUGAUAUUUGAGGCCCCGGCUCUCUCGAAAGCGGAUUUCACGGAGAGGCAGGCCAAGUUCACAUCCUUCUUUGGGCCGGGCGUGCAGGCCUUGAUUGAGGAGGUGGGAUCCAAGACCUUUGCCAUUAUUCAUUGCUACAGGGACACCACCCUAAAUUCUGGCUUAUCCUCCUUCUCAUUGGCUAUAGCUGCAGGUUACCACUGUGAGAGGGAUAAGGCGGAAUUGCCAUCGGAUCAAGGGGAUGAUGUGGCAGACGCAGUGAUAAAAGAUGCGGAGGAGUGGAGCGACGAUAGUGAUGAGUGGUGGCUAGCAGGCCACUAUGACGGGGAGGAAGUGGAGGUGUGGGUGGCAGGGGACUGUGCGGGGUAUGAGAGGAAUGGGGAGUAUGAGAGGAGUUGGGCGUACGAGGGGAGUGCGGGGUAUGAGAGGAAUGGGGAGUAUGAGAGGAGUUGGGCGUACGAGGGGAGUGCGGGGUAUGAGAGGAAUGGGGAGUAUGAGAGGAGUUGGGCGUACGAGGGGAGUGCGGGGUAUGAGAGGAAUGGGGAGUAUGAGAGGAGUUGGGCGUACGAGGGGAGUGCGGGGUAUGAGAGGAAUGGGGAGUAUGAGAGGAGUUGGGCGUACGAGGGGAGUGCGGGGUAUGAGAGGAAUGGGGAGUAUGAGAGGAGUUGGGCGUACGAGGGGAGAGCGGGGUAUGAGAGGAAUGGGGAGUAUGAGAGGAGUUGGGCGUACGAGGGGAGUGCGGGGUAUGAGAGGAAUGGGGAGUAUGAGAGGAGUUGGGCGUACGAGGGGAGUGCGGGGUAUGAGAGGAAUGGGGAGUAUGAGAGGAGUUGGGCGUACGAGGGGAGUGCGGGGUAUGAGAGGAAUGGGGAGUAUGAGAGGAGUUGGGCGUACGAGGGGAGUGCGGGGUAUGAGAGGAAUGGGGAGUAUGAGAGGAGUUGGGCGUACGAGGGGAGUGCGGGGUAUGAGAGGAAUGGGGAGUAUGAGAGGAGUUGGGCGUACGAGGGGAGUGCGGGGUAUGAGAGGAAUGGGGAGUAUGAGAGGAGUUGGGCGUACGAGGGGAGUGCGGGGAGUUGGGCGUACGAGGGGAGUGCGGGGUAUGAGAGGAAUGGGGAGUAUGAGAGGAGUUGGGCGUACGAGGGGAGUGCGGGGUAUGAGAGGAAUGGGGAGUAUGAGAGGAGUUGGGCGUACGAGGGGAGUGCGGGGUAUGAGAGGAAUGGGGAGUAUGAGAGGAGUUGGGCGUACGAGGGGAGUGCGGGGUAUGAGAGGAAUGGGGAGUAUGAGAGGAGUUGGGCGUACGAGGGGAGUGCGGGGUAUGAGAGGAAUGGGGAGUAUGAGAGGAGUUGGGCGUACGAGGGGAGUGCGGGGUAUGAGAGGAAUGGGGAGUAUGAGAGGAGUUGGGCGUACGAGGGGAGUGCGGGGUAUGAGAGGAAUGGGGAGUAUGAGAGGAGUGGGGGGAGUCCACUGUAUGGAAUGAGUGGGGGGUAUGAGAGGAGUGGGGAGUAUGAAAGGAGUGGUGGGUAUGAGAGGAGUGGGGAGUAUGAAAGGAGUGGGGGGUAUGAGAGGACUGGGAGUAUGAAAGGAGUGGGGGGUAUGAGAGGAGUGGGGAGUAUGAAAGGAGUGGGGGGUAUGUUGCAGCAUGCCGCUGGUCACUGA